GCCAUUAGCAUGCUCUACUGUCUGCAAGGGAGUGGGAAAUUUUCCAUAUGUCGAUCUUCCAACGGGCUAUACUUCCAUCAUUGGCAACAGAGAUCACACAACACACACAGCUACCAUCCCACCCGCCAGCGGAACGACGCCCUGUUCCUAGGAAACAUAGUGCGGUUGGUCUCCAAGAAUUUGUCUUUUCUUUUUUUGACAGGAGACGUGCGGCCUUUAUCAUCAUGACGUCAUCCAUCUCCUUGAAGAUAAUUUUCUAUAUUCACCUACUAGUUGGAGAUAUUUGGUAUAUAGCACCUUACCCAUAAGAACAAUAAAUACUCUCGAAUUGAGUUGUUG